CCAUACCUAACGUCCGACUUCGUGAUAUGUUAGGUAAGGAGGAAGUCGUUUACUAUAAACAUUACUUGCAUAUAAAUAUAUAUAUAUUUCAAGAUAAUUUCAUUAGUACUUGGUCUUCCUAUUUCAAUUAAAGACUUGCCAUAAAAAACUGUUUGAGCAGCCGGCUUUCGCGACAUCGGACACAGGAGGACGGCGCCACCAUGUCAAAGCCGUCACUACCUCUCAAACUCCCACGACGAAUGGUCUGGGGUCAAAGAAAGGACAUUGGAGCUCCCAGCUAUGCAUCGCUUACGUCAUUAUUCAGGGACGCACCGCCACAGCCGCAAUACCUCGAAUCCGACCUAGGGACCACCGCUCUCUACGAGCUGCCCCCUCCCUCAGGCCGAUCAGAACGCCACGUACUAAUCAUCCACGGCCUAAACACGCCCGCGCUCGGCCUGUGGCCUCUAGCGAAGGAGCUGCAAGCCCUGGACCCGGAUGCCCACGUCGCGCUCUUCGAUCUCUGGGGCCACGGCCUGUCCUCCACGCCCCUGGUGGCGCACACGCCGCAGAUCUUCCACUUUCAGAUAUUCCAAGUCUUGGGGUUCCUGCGGUGGACGCGCGCGCAUGUCGUCGGGUAUUCUUUCGGCGCGUCGACGGCGGUCGGGUUUGCGCUGCACAAUCCCUGGAUUGCGUUGUCCGUGGCGUUGCUGGCGCCUGCUGGCUUGUGUCAUAAGGGGCUUUGGGGUGAGCGGGUGCAAGACCUCUUGGAUAAUUCGGAGGGCAGAGAGGGGCAGGCGAUAGACGCCGUGUUAGAUUGGCUUGAAGGGGGGCCACUCGUCAUCCCGGCAGAUUGGCGGGAGCGGGUGAAUGCUGGCGAAGUCGUCGCCGAAUUGCUUCGGGAAUGGGAGCUGCGAGAGCACCCGGGAUAUCCUCAUAGCGUUCUAAGCAUGUUUCGAGAAGGCGGUGUUUCUGGUUGCGAGGACGACUUUCGCAGGUUCGCGCGGUCGCCGAUAAGAAAGAUCGGAGUCGUUGCGGAAUUGGAUGUUAUCUGUAGCAAGGCUCAACUAAUCGACCUUGGAUUUGACGACGUCGAGGUCGUCAAGGAAGCUAACCAUGGUUUCGUACGUGGUGCUACGACAGGAGAGGUUGCCCGUAUCGUGUAUAGAGUCUGGACCCAAUAAAGCUAAGUAACGGAGAUUGCACUUUCAGCUAAGUUGUUCAGCAAUGUCAUGCCGCAGCUACGGUGAACUAAAUAGAAUCUAGAGGCCUCAAUUUGAUGCUAAC